AUGAGUGCUAAAAUUAUUAUAUUAUGUAGUUUAUUAAUAAGCUCAACGUAUGGAUUUAGAUUUCCUCGUAUUUUUGACGCUCCGAUGGAAGUAGCUCCUCAUAUUGUGUGUACGGGCGUUGCAGAUGGGACAAAACUUCCUGACGACACAGAUUGCGGUCAUUUUUUCUUGUGUGAUGGCGGUGCAUCAUUAAGACUUGCAUGCAGAUUAUCAGAACCACAUUUUGACAGAUGCGCGGGCGCUUGUAUCAAUGAUCCUUCUGUGUGUACAGUUACUGACUGCCCUGGGAGCACUGAAUCCUCCACAACAGAAUCCACAACAACAACAACAACGACGACAUCAACAACAACAACAACAACAACUACGACACCAGCACCGUCUGAUUCAACAACAAAAUUCAACCCUCCAACCGUACCAACUGUUUGUUCAACACCUUGUGAAACCACUUGGGAUGUUGCCACUUGUGAAUGCAUUGAAAAAUGGGUAUGCGAAAACGAUGUCUGCGUUUGCAAUCCAAAUAACGAAUGUCCUUUGACUGAAGCUGAAUGCAUUUUACCAGAAAAUUGUGGAUGUAUGGAAAGAUGUGAUUGCCCAGAAACAGAUAAGUGUAGCUGCGUAACCGAUGGCACACAAUGUCCAUUUGAUGACAUAGCUGGAGCUUGCAUUAAGAAUUGUGGAUGUCAAAGUAAUUGCAUAUGCACAGACACUACUGCUGCUACUGGUUGUACUUGCAAUCCAACAUGUACAUGCAAUGAACCUCCAAAAGUUUGUCCUUUCAAGCCUGCUGACUGUUUAACAAAUUGCGCUUGUGAUGAAAGAUGCAACUGUAAUGGUGAUUUUUGUACAUGCAAUGCUGAUGUUGCAUGUCCUGCAUCAUUUUGGAAACGUUUAUAUUAG